AAGAGGAGUGAGAAAAAAUAAAACUGAUUUGGUGAAAAAACUAGGAAUACACUUUUGAGGGAGGAGGAAAAAGUGGUAAAAAUUUCAGCUUUAUAAGCAUCAAAAUAAAUAACCAUAUGUAUAUGUAUAUAUAAAAAAUAUAUAUUAUUUGCAGAGAGAAAUCUGAGUUCUCAAUUCUUUUUUGUGUACUAAUCGAUGUUGUUGUGUAUAUCAACACACUGGAGAAAUAAUGGUUGAAUCUGAAUCCAACAUCCCUCGCCUGCUCCGAUCUUCUUCCGAUUUGCGGACCUGAAUUCGCUCUUUUUGGGGUUUCCCUCAAUGAAGUGUAUAUAGGCAAGGGGGGAAAAGGCAGAAUCAAUUGUAUUCUAUUGUUGCCUUGCGAUUGCGAUUGUUUUCUCGUUUCGUUUCGUUUCGUCUCCUCUCGUUGGUAGCCGUCUUGAUUUGCUUCGGGUUUCCGAUUGCCGAGAAGAAUGAACGGCGGGGAUGGCGCGGGGGUGGCAUCUGCGGCGGACGGUCCACCUGCGCCCCUCGAGUGGAAAUUCUCGCAGGUCUUCGGCGAGCGGACGGCCGGCGAGGAAGUACAAGAAGUUGAUAUCAUCUCUGCCAUUGAAUUCGACAAAAGUGGUGACCAUCUAGCUACUGGGGACCGUGGUGGAAGAGUCGUGUUAUUUGAAAGGACCGACAAAAAGGAGCAUGGUGGAAAUCGAAGAGAUUUAGAAAGGAUGGAUUGUCCAAAUAGGCGACAUCCUGAAUUCCGCUACCAGACUGAAUUUCAGAGCCACGAACCUGAGUUCGAUUAUCUUAAAAGUUUGGAGAUUGAGGAGAAAAUAAACAAGAUUCGGUGGUGCCAAGCGUCCAAUGGUGCACUCUUUCUUCUGUCUACUAAUGAUAAGACCAUUAAAUUUUGGAAGGUCCAUGAGAAGAAGGUCAAGAAAAUUUCUGUCAUGAAUGCAGCUUCAUCUAAAUCCGUUGGAAACGGUAGUGUAGCAAGUUCUAGUGUUUCUUCCAGUUCUAAACAGUGCCUCGCUAAUGGCAGUUAUCCAGAUCAGCCUUCCGACUAUUUGAGCAAAAACUCAUCAUUUCCGCCUGGGGGCAUCGCCUCCCUCCGAUUGCCAGUGGUCACGAGCAGUGAGAGCAGUCUCAUUGCAAGAUGCAGGAGAAUAUAUGCUCAUGCACAUGAUUACCAUAUCAACUCUAUCUCGAAUAACAGUGAUGGUGAAACGUUUAUAUCAGCUGAUGAUCUCCGAAUAAAUCUCUGGAACUUGGCAAUAAGCAACCAAAGCUUCAACAUUGUUGAUGUUAAACCAGCCAAUAUGGAGGAUCUAACUGAGGUCAUAACGUCGGCUGAGUUCCAUCCUCAUCAUUGCAACAUGCUGGCAUACAGUAGUUCUAAAGGAUCAAUUCGUCUCAUUGAUUUGCGGCAAUCUGCGCUCUGUGAUUCACAUUCCAAGAUAUUUGAGCAACAAGAGGCACCAGGCUCUAGAUCGUUUUUCACCGAGAUAAUUGCUUCAAUUUCAGAUAUUAAGUUUGCAAGGGACGGUAGAUAUUUACUGAGCCGUGAUUACAUGACCCUUAAGUUAUGGGAUAUUAAUAUGGACUCCGGACCGGUAUCAACUUUCCAGGUUCACGAGUAUUUGAGACCAAAGCUAUGCGACUUGUACGAAAACGACUCCAUUUUUGAUAAAUUCGAAUGCUGCUUGAGUGGGGAUGGCCUUCGAGUGGCCACUGGUUCUUAUAGCAAUCUGUUCCGUGUGUUUGGCUGUGCUCCCGGAAGUACCGAGACGACCACUUUGGAAGCUAGCAAAAAUCCAAUGAGGAGGCAGGUUGCGACCCCCUCUAGACCCACCCGUUCCCUGAGCAGUAGCAUCAGCCGCGUUGUACGGCGAGGGGCAGAAUCACCAGGAGUCGAUGCCAACGGGAACUCUUUUGAUUUCACCACGAAGCUGCUCCACCUGGCCUGGCAUCCAUCGGAAAACUCUAUUGCCUGUGCUGCUGCAAACAGCCUGUACAUGUAUUACGCGUGAAAGUCACCCCUCCACUCCAGACGAACAUUUUUGGAACUGCUUUCGGUUCAGACAAGAUCGAGGCUCCUUCAUCCGCCCCAACACCCUUAUAAAGAAAACAAUAAAAAAAAAAGAAAGUCAGCCAUGGACGGCCAAAGGAUUGGCAACAACAGGAACAUUCGGUUGCGCCAUUGUAUGCAAUGCAUGGACCACCACCACCCAGCAAUUUCGUAUUUUAUUUCAUUGGUUUUUUUGUUGUGUUUGGUAGUAAUGUUGCUGGUCUGUUUCUUACAGAGCAUUGGGUAGAUAAUCAUGAUCAUGACCAUGUUCUUUGAGUAGGGAAGAAAUGUGAUUUGUAGCUCUCUCUCUCUCUCUCUCUCUCUCUCUCUCA